AUGCCUGUGGCGAACCCUUUUAAAGUGCUUGACAACAGCAACAUAUUUCUGAUCAGGAACAAGGAAAAGGAGCGCAGGAAACUGGAGCUGCAGAGCCAGUUGAGUUUGCGGGUCCAUGAGAAGGUGACCUAUGCGGGCCGUAUGAAGGCCAAGCAGGGUGACCUCCUCAGGGAACUGAGAGAGGGGCUGGAGGAGGACACAGCCCAGCCAGGAGGGGAGGAGAGCAGCCUGGCCCAGCAACAAAACACCCCUGCCUGGAGGGUGGCCAUGAUCAAAGAUCGCAAUAUUGACAAAGAGAGCAUGAAUGAGUUUAUCACCAAGAAAAGGGAGAUGUUUCUGCUGGAGUACUCCUUGGCUGUGAAGCGUGGAGAGAUCAAGCAGCUGGAGAAAAUGGCGGCCGGCGAGGAGAGGAAGCUGAUGCGCGCCGAGCGGUUCCUGGAGGACGACGCCAUCAUGUUCGACGAGUUCCUCAAAGAGAAUGACAAGAACUCUGUGGAGGCCAUCAAAGUUGCUGAGUUAGAGACCAAAGUGAAACUGGAGAAGGUGACUGAGAUCAAGAGGCUCACGACUAGGAUGGUGACCAUUAAGAGUGACAUCUCUAAGUUUGAGGACAUCAUAAAGGAGUACACCAUGUACAAGGAGUUCCUCUUCAAGCUGUCCCCUCCAGAGUGGCAAGAGGCACAGAGGGCCAAGGGUAAGACCCCCAAAGCCAAGUCUGCCACCAAGUCUGCCACCAAAGACAAGUCCAAAGAGAAAGACAAAGACGAGAGGGCCACUCCGAAAAGAGGUACUAGUAUGUCUUCUUUCUUAGUGUUUUGUUAUGUAUUGUUGCAUAAACAUUUGACUUCAGUGCUGGCGUCCUUUGCGAGUCGAGAGCUGCCCCCUCUCCGGGAUGCCAGGGCCCCCUCUAGACAGUCGAUAGGCCAGAGUGACAAACCGAGUCCUGUGGCAGAACUGGAGACCGACAGCUCUGAAUAUGAGGAACACCCAGAGCUGUAUUUCACGGACCCCAGGCAGCUCCUGGAGUUGCUUUCAGAGCUGGAGGAGCAGAACCUCUCUCUGAUCCAGAACUCCAGGGAGACGGAGGAGGCCCUGGAGGUGUUCAGUAAGGUCAUGGACCAUACAAAAAAGAAGAUGGAGCUGGAAACCGUCCAGCUGACCCAGCAGAUAGACGUCAUGACCCACACCAUCCAGAGGGAGAGGGACCGGGCUGCCGAGCUGGAGCUGAGGGCCCGCCUCUUCAACUUUGGGAAGUACAAAUCCGCCGACCAGGAGGUUAUGUUGGACUCCCUGGGCGCUAAGGUGGAGGUGGUGUACCGGAGCUGCGUGGGCGACACAGAGGCCAACCUGAGCACGUUGCAGAUGCUGAUGGUUAUCGAGAGCCGUCUGGGCGAGCUGCUGGAGAACGUGGAGAUGAUCCCCAAGGAGCGGCUGCUGAUGGCCGAGAGGACCAAGGAGAAGGAAAGGAGGCUCAGGCUGCGUGAUGAGAAGAUGCAUCAGGCGAAGCAGCACCAGGAGGAGAGGCUGAAGAGGGCCCUGGAGAGAGCCCAGGCCGACAUCAAGAAAACAACUGGCAAGAAACUGAUGGCCAGAUCACAGCCCCCUGCUGGCAAGCUGAAGACCAGCCAGGUGUAUGACAUCUCAGACAAGGAGAAAGAGGAGCAGCUUUACUUCUUCACCUAAAGGGCAGAGUCAGUCACAACACAGCCCCUAUGCCAUUACUGACCAGAACUCAUUUAAUAUGUUUUGGCCUAUUGUGGGGCUGUGACUGACUCACUGUAAAUACUGACCAAUAAUUGGAUAUGACAGGUAUAAGUAAGACUUUUCAAACGUCUCCAUUGGACGCUGGUGAUGUCACGAUGGGGUAGGUCCUACUUAUUGGUACUCGGUGGGGAGCAUGUGGACUUUGUUUUGGUGGAGAGCUUUCUAGGGCAUGUGGACAGUACUCUCCCCACACAUUUUAUAGACUUUGAUUAUUUUGUGUUACCAGAUUGUUUUCUUAUCCGUUAUAUUGAUCAUCUAUUGUGCUUCUUUACCUGAUCAUAUCUGAAUAGCAGUUAGAUGGACUGACUGCAUGUAUG